AGAAAGUUAAUAAUGGGAAAAUCACUACCAAAAUGACGUAUCUUGGCCUUUAGCUUCUUAUCUUUAUCUAUGUGUCUGGCUAUGCCGGCCGCGCUGUUGCAUUAAACAACUCCCAAAAUUUUACCAUUUCUUUGGUCACUUCUUUGCUCAUCCUUGCCCACGGUUUCCCCUUUAAAAGUGGUCUCCAGCUUUCCUUAACACCCUCCCACAACUAUUUUCUCUCUGAUUUUCUCUUUUUUUUCCUUGCUCCAUCUUUGUAGGACUUUCAAUGAUGAAAGGAGGAUUUGAAGUGGUUCAUGCGACUCUAGAUAAGAUCCAGCCUCAUCUUGAACCAAUAUGGGACUUUGCCUCUCUUGGGUUUCCGACAACAAGUAGUACUUUGACUUCUGUCAGCUCCAUCCCGAGGCAAACAGUUGAAAAUCGAUGCAUAAACUUGGAGAGAAAUGAGCUGUCUGAAUGGGUUGAACAAGUCACCAAGCAGCUCAUUGAUGACUUGCCAUCUGUUGAGACCCGAACUGAUCAUAGCAGUAGCUUGCAAGCUGACAUAUCAAUGGUAUGCGAGGAUAAUUUUGCCCCAUCGAUGCUGGGUGAUUUUAGGCCAAGGAAAACAGUAAGAGGAAGUUUUUUGGAUGGCAGCUGCGGUGAAGAGCUUCAAUGGGGUAACGAGCUUGGAAACCAAACAAAUAAUGUUUGGGAAAAUGGAGGGAAUGCCGAACAAGGUUUAAGCUUGAUAGCCCUUCUUUUGGAGUGUGCUGUCGCUAUCUCUGUUGACAAUCUCGGGGAAGCUCACAGAAUGUUGCUUGAACUGACCCAGAUGGCUUCUCCUUAUGCACUUUCUUGUGCUGAAAGGGUUGUCGCAUAUUUUGCCAAGGCCAUGUCUAGUAGGGUUAUUAACUCAUGUUUAGGGAUUUGCUCUCCUUUGAUAAACUAUAACAGCGUUCAUUGCGCCUUCCAAGCCUUCAACAAUGUCUCUCCCUUUAUCAAAUUCGCUCACUUCACCUCCAACCAAGCCAUCCUUGAGGCAUUCCAUCGACGCGAUAGGGUUCACAUCAUUGACCUUGAUAUCAUGCAAGGCUUGCAAUGGCCGGCCCUAUUUCAUAUCCUUGCCACGCGUAUUGAAGGGCCUCCGCACGUGAGGAUGACCGGCAUGGGCAGUUCAAUGGAGCUUGUGGUGGAGACAGGAAAACAACUUUCCAAUUUUGCUAAACGUCUUGGAAUGUCAUUUGAAUUCCACCCAAUUGCAACGAAAUUUGGAGAAAUUGACAUUACAAUGGUACAAGUCCAAAGGGGAGAGACACUAGCUAUUCACUGGCUACAGCAUUCACUCUAUGAUGCCACGGGACCCGAUUGGAAGACACUGAGACUUUUGGAACAAUUGGCCCCACGAGUGAUCACAUUAGUUGAGCAAGAUCUUUCCCAUGGUGGAUCAUUCUUGGACCGUUUUGUGGGCUCUCUCCACUAUUAUUCCACCAUGUUUGAUUCACUUGAAGCAUAUUUGCCAGCCGAUGACCCUAGCAGGCAUCACAUCGAGCAAUGCCUUUUGUAUAGGGAAAUCAACAAUAUAUUGGCAAUAGGAGGCCCUGCAAGAAGUGGGGAGGACAAAUUCACGCAUUGGAGAAGUGAGCUUGCAAGGAGUUGCUUUGUUCAGGUGCCAAUGAGCAGCAACUCCAUGGCUCAGGCACAACUAAUAUUGAACAUGUUCCCUCCUGCUCAUGGGUAUAGCCUUGUACAAGGAGAUGGAACACUUAGGCUUGGAUGGAAAGAUACUGGCUUGUUUACUGCUUCUGCUUGGACAUCACAUGCCUCUAGAUAA